GUAGCGAAUUGAUGUUUUUAAAAACGAACAAAAAGCAUUGGUGGAGUAAUUAAAGGCUAAAGAGAAAGAGAGAAAUAAACCGCCUAAUGCAUUUUUUCAUUAAAAAAAAACUUUUAAGCCUAACUUAAUAGUAAAGUGUGUUCUAUUAAAAUGUUAUUAGUUGCUAAUAAAAAUAAAUAAACAAUAACCUUGAUACAAUGUUAAAUAAACGUCACAAAAAAACAUACAUUUAUAACGACGACGACAACAAUAGCAACAAUAAUAAUAAAAGCGGUCUUUUACCUUAAAUGUAAAAAUAAAUUUUUGGAAAAUAUCAAUUGAUGAUAAAAAGUGAUGACAAAUAAUUUAAAAUUAGUUUGUAUAUUGUGCGAAAAUUCUAUGAAAUACAAAGAAAAAUAUAGGAACAAAUAGAUUUUCUGUGGUUUUAUGGCAAAAUUAUAAUUCUAUUAAAGAAAAUCCUAAGUUUCUAGCCUUGAAAACAAUAGUUAAAAUUUGUAUUUGGCGUGGUAGCGUGUCUGGCAUUUGUUUUUUUUUAAGUGCACUAGGGAGGAUAGUGAAGAAGUUAUUGAGUGUGUGGUUAUGAAUAAAAAGGAUUUGCAAUAAACAUAGAAUAAAGAGUCAAUAAAAUGAAAUAAUAACAAAAUUCAUCUUCAAUUAGAAAUUCUUUAAAUAUGUUUAACAAUUAAAGUGGUUUAGUUGUAUUAUUUAAAAAAAUACCUACUUAUAUAAAUCAUCUUAUAAACAUUUUUAAUAAUAGUAAAAAAAUACGAAUAUACAUACAAUAGCAAUCAAUCAUGACAGAUGAAUGCAUAUCGACAACGGUGGAGUACAUAACAAGUGCUACUUUAAAAAUGAACAACAAUUCCUCCCACCAACAACAACGUGAUGUCUAUGAUGGAUCUGUUGAUGACGAAGACGAUACCGUUGGCAGUCACGGUCUUGGUCAACGCAACAGCUUUGAUCGACCUGAUGCUUUGGGUAUGGGCUGUGAAGAGAGUUCCAAUAACUCAUCAGCAGUACAUUCCACAAAUGGCAAACCUAUCUCAGUUUCAGAGAUAAAAUGUAUGGUGGCUCGUAUGCCAACUGAACGCAAUGCCAUGGAAUACAAUAUGAACCAUAAGAAACGUGGUUUAGCUAUAAUCUUUAAUCAUGAAUUUUUUGAUAUACCAUCAUUGGAGAAUCGUAAAGGCACUAAUGUUGAUUGUGAGAAAUUAAAGAAGACAUUUAAUAGUCUAGAUUUUGAAGUAUCAAUAUAUAAGGAUUGUAAAUUACGGGAAGUUUUUGAACAUAUCGAUAAGGCUGCUUCACAGGAUCAUAGUGAACACGAUUGUAUUGCAGUUGCAAUAUUAACACAUGGUGAACAGGGUUAUUUAUACGCCAAAGAUGUCAUGUACAAAUUAGAUACUAUUUGGCAUUAUUUCUCAGCCAGAGAUUGUCCAACACUGGCUGGUAAACCGAAAUUAUUUUUUAUACAAGCCUGCCGUGGUGAUCGUUUAGAUCCAGGUAUUAAACUACAAAAGACUGAAACAGAUGGUGAGACAUCAUCUGAUAUGAGUUAUCGUAUACCAAUACAUGCUGAUUUCCUAAUAGCAUACUCAACAAUACCAGGUUUCUAUUCCUGGCGCAAUACUUCAAAUGGUUCAUGGUUUAUACAGUCUCUGGUCGAGGAAUUAAAUAAUAAUGGCAAAAAAUAUGAUUUACUCACACUGUUAACAUUUGUUAAUCGUCGUGUGGCCAUGGAUUAUGAAUCGUGUGUACCAUCGCGUCCCAUAAUGGAUCAACAAAAGCAAAUACCUUGCAUUACAUCAAUGUUAACACGCAUUUUACGUUUUACCGAUAAACCUAAACAGAAUUAAUUAGUUUAGGUUUGAAACAUAAUAAUUACUCUAAAAAAAAAGCUACAAAAACAACAACAACAAGAACAAUGUG